AUGGCUCAGUAUACAUGUCAACGGUGCAAGCUCCCGUUGGUCAUUGACGACUCUUUGCAAGGUCUGAGCAAUGCACAAAAGCACUUGCUUACACUGAGCUAUGGCCAACGGCCGAAUGAAGACCAUCCGAAGGAUUUAAAUGAGUAUCCUAUUCUUCCUGCAGAACGGGUCGCAUUGUUUGAAGAGGCCUCAAAAACCAGUGGAAGUAAGCCACUCGUUUCCAGCAAGGGAUCUGAAGCGUUGCACAUUGACGAUGGGUCGUUUGUGAUUUUGGAAGAUAAAGACCAGCCCUCAAUGGAUAAAGUGUCGGUCAGCGAGCGAGUGGCGUCCUUGGACAACAUCUUCAACAUUCUCUCAUCCAAGUACGAGAUUGACUAUCCGGUCUGUACAGACUGUGCAUCUACGUUGAUAGAAGAGCUUAAGCAGCAAUUUGAGCAGAUGACAAAGGAAAAAGACACGUACGUGCAAUUUCUCAAGAAACUCACAGCACAGAGCGGCCCAAAUAGAAAGAAGGCCCAAGACUCGUUGAGCGAACUGGCACUCCUAAAGGAAGAGGAGACUAAACUUCUUGAAGAGCUGGAAAAGGCAGAGAGGGAACAGGAAGAAUUAACACAGCAAUUAGUAGAAGUUGAACAGGAACUGGAGGAUCUAGAGAACCAGGAAAAGGAAUUCUGUCUACAAAAGAACGCAUACGAUCUCGAACUGAUAGAAUUUGUGAACGAGCGAGAGCGAAUCAAAGCUUCAUACGAGUAUAAUCUCAACCGAUUAGACUCCUUGCGGAAAACCAACGUGUUCAACGACGUUUUCAUGAUUUCGCAUGACGAUCAGUUUGGCACCAUAAACGGCCUGCGACUUGGAAACCUCGAUAACGUCAAGGUAUCCUGGCACGAGAUCAACGCGGCUUUGGGCCAGCUUGCGCUUUUGUUGGCCACGGUAGUGCGCAUAUUGGAUUUCCAGUUGGACGGAUACCGUAUUAUUCCAAUGGGAUCCACGUCGCGGAUUGAAAAAUACAGGAAAGACCGAAACGGAUCAAUAUCUAAGCAAACACUGGACUUGUUUAGCAGCGGAGAGUUUUCCAUUGGGAAGAUUUUCACCCAUAACCAGCUGGAUGCAGGAAUGGUUGCCCUGGUAGACAUAGUCUCACAAAUUGGGCGCAAGCUUAAACAGCUAGACGAGUCAAAUGACCUGCCCUACAAAAUGACGGAAGACAAAGUUGCCGGGUAUCCCAUCAAGCCAUCUGCGCGCAGUUCCAAUGAGGAGUGGACCUCUGCAUGUCGCUAUCUUCUCACCAACGCCAAGUGGAUACUGACAUAUUGUAUAGCUCGUACCUAAU